AUGUCCGCCUCCGAGUCGACCCAGUUGAAGGCAUGCAGGCCAUGCUCCAAGGCCAAGGUUCGCUGCGAUCCCGGGCCCAGCGUUGCGUGUCAGAGAUGCCAUCGCCUGGGAAAGGAUUGCAUCAAGCAGGCUCCCAGAUUCCAUAAACUCAAACACAAUAACAUGUCGUAUGUCGAUGUUGGACGGUUGGAGAGGAAGCUUGACAAUGUGACAUCGCUACUCACAGCCUCGCGGAGGUAUGCGGAAGGCAUCAACAGCCAUGCCAAUGUCGCUUCCCCAGCACGAGAAGUGGUUUGGGUCUCUGAGCCAAGCGAUCAGGAAACGGAGGACAUGCUGAAGGCCUUCCACCAAAGCAUGGCCCUUUUCUUCCCAUUUCUGGUACGCUCGCCCUCUUUGACUGCCCAUGACUUGCGCACCCAGAAGCCGCUCCUUCGUCUGGUCAUCCCGGUUAUUUUCUACAAAAAUGUUUCGUCACAGCAAGCACAUGCUGUGAAAUCGAGGGAGUACUGGAUGGAGCAGUUAUUGGUUAAGGGAGAGCACGGUUUAGAUCUCUUCCAGGGGCUUCUGAUGUUUAUUGGCUGGACGCAACUUACUUUGCCAAUGCCCCGCGUAACACUGGUCAACAAUUACCUCCAUCUCCUGGAAGCGCAAGUCAACAACCUUGACUUUCGCGGAGACUCGAAAUCGGGUAUGACCGGCUCGGUAUUUUCAUAUCUGAAAGAUUUUGGGCUGGAUGAGCGUUUGCGCGAUUCUCGUACACUGGAGGAGCUGAGGGCCUAUCUGGGAUGCUUUUACUUGGUCACAAUGGUAUCUCUGUGUUUGGAUGAAAAGGAUCCCAUGCGAUACACAGAUUACACAGAAGAGUGCUGUCGUGCUGUAGAAGCAGCUGCUGAAUUUGAAUCUGACAAGCAUCUCAUCCAACUGGUCCGGAUAGCACAGAUGGCAGCAAAGAUCCAUCGCACCCUCAAUCGCCACGAAAUCGACGUCCCCAACGGAUCCGCAUCGACAGCCAUGAUCAUUCGCUUGCUACAGAAAGACAUGCAACAGCUCAGGGACUCAUUGACCUGCGAAUUUCCCCAGUCCGCGAUCGUCUUCCUCCACUACCACACUCUCGAGCUCAUGAUCUACCGCACCGCCAUGACGAAACUUCUCCACGACCACCCCAUCCCUCAAAUAGACGUAUUAUGUGCUUGCGUCGAAGCCACCAAGUCCUUUUUCGACACCUUUUUCACCAUCCCUUCGCACCUUUACCUCCAAUUGCCAUACACUAUUUGGGUCCAACUCGGCCACGGCCUCGCCAUUCUCUCCCGGAUAUUAAUCCACAGCGACCCCAGAGGCAACUGGGACCGCGAAUACGCUCGUCAGCGGCUCAACUUCGACGCAACCGCCGACACCUUCGGUCUGAAAGUCGAAGAAGCCAUCUCACAGGCUGCAGCGGAGGACAUCGAGAUGCCGCCGAUUUUUACCCAGAUCAAGAAUAGAGUGGUCAUGUGGAAGGAGGGCCAUGCGGCCCGGUGCGCUACUUUGGAUAGAUGGAAUCAGGACCAGCCUCAGGCAAUUGCUCCUGGUAUGGACGAGCUGAUCCCCGACGUGGAUGUGGAUGAUAUGCUGAUGACGGGAUCUAUAUGGAAUUUCUUUUCUCUGUAG